AUGGAUUCACAAAACUUUUCUAAGAAAGAAUGUGAUAGCGGAAAUUUAGAAAUUGACAAUUUAAUUAAAGAAACACAUGGAAAUAAUAUUCGAUAUAGAUUAGAAUGGAUCCCAUUUGGAGAUUUUACAGAUGCUCGAAAAGUUGCAGAGGGUGGAUUUAGUAUUGUAUACAUCGCUAAAUAG